UGACGCCACACCCGGAAGUGUUGCCAUGGCGGCGGGCGCGCUCCGGGGGCUCGUGGGCGCUCUGGAGACGCACCGGGGCCGCGAUCGGGCGGUGAGUGAGGGGUCUGAGCCCUCCGGUACCGGGCGGUGAGUGGAGGGUCUGAACCCACCCGCACUGGGUGGUGAGUGACAGGAGGGAGGGUCUGAGCCCUCCGGUCCCGGGCAGUGAACGACGAGGCCCGACUCUGUUGUGGCGACCCACCCUAAAGGGGAAAGAAGCACCUGAGAGAUUCGUGAGUGUUCGUUGGUGGAAAGGAAGGACAAAGGUAGAGGGUCCACAAACAGAGUUUUAUCGGUCCGGGCGCUGUCCUACGGCUGCCAGCUGGCGGGGGGAGCGCUGCCCGGGCCCGCGGGGCUGCCCGGGGGGCUCCUGGCCGCCUCUGCCCAGCUCAGCUCCUGCCGCACCGCCCUGCGCCUCUUCGACGACCUGGCCAUGCUCCGGCACAGCUGCAGCUACGGGCUGGGCCCCGAGGGCGAGGACGCACUGGUGCGGGGGCUCUCGGUGCUCUGCAACGUGGCCAACCAGCUCUACUACCCCUGCGAGCACCUGGCGUGGGCGGCGGAUGUCGGCAUCGUCCGCGCCGGCUCCCAGAAGUGGUGGACGCGGAGCACGGCGCUGUGGGGCUGUGCCCUGCUCCUGGGCAUCCUGCGGUCCCUGAGAAUCUUGUUCCAGUUAAGAAGAAAACUGAACCAGCACAAGUGCAGCACUUCUUCACCUCAGAGCCAGCAGAAGCUGAGAGCCCAGGUGAAGGCUGAAGUUCUGAGCAUCCUCAUGGACACAGCAGAUCUCUCCAACGCAAUCCACUGGCUGCCUCCAGGAUUCCUCUGGGCAGGAAGGUUCCCUCCAUGGUUAGUAGGGCUCCUGGGGACCAUCUCCUCCCUGAUUGGAAUCUACCAGGCAUCAAGAGGAGCAAAUUCUGAAGCUGCUUAAGCCAUAACUGAGCUUCAGGAGCCCAGUUAUCACAUGGUAGAAGUGCCUUUAGUGAGGCAGGGUGUAUUUUAACUUUCCUGGGUCGAUGAUUGUCAUUCCAGAUAUCCCAUAAUCGGGACUGGAAUCAAGAUGCCUGUUGCAGAGGGGAUUGUUUGUAGUUGACAAUUUUUAUCACUCUUCAUCAGAGAAAUAAUUCAGGUGAAUCCUCUGAAAAUCAAGAAUCUCCUACAAUGGGUAAAACUGAGGGGAAAAGAGCUGCUUCCAUGUGUCCCAAAAGAGAAAUGCAACCUCCCAGUGUUUUCUGUCACUUACAAGAGCACAAUGGCCACAGUUCUGUCUCACAGAACGGGUAAGGGAUGAAUCCUGCGAGUUCACACUCCGGGCUCGGCGCUUGGUGCUGCAUCUAAGCCAGGGAUGGGACCCCUAUCCUGGGAGUUCCCCAGGUAUUCUGGGGUUUGGGCUCAGAGCUGAUGCCCAGAGCUCAGACAGGAGCGAGCAGUGGUGUUGUUUGUGACAGUUACGUUUCCUUAGAGGCGAGAGGGGCAGGAAAUUGCAACUGGAAGCAGCGUGAACCUUCCUGGCCUGCCUUGCUCAUUUAAGGAGAAAUGUUGGAAGUCGAGAAUUCCCACAGAGCUGAGGCUCCAGCUGUGCCUUUGUGGAAUGCCACCGGGUGGAGCUCUUCCACCAGGCUUUGGCAGCUGCCAACGGACCUUUUUUUAUUAUUUAAAAAAAAAAAAAAGGGCAGGAAAUUUAUUAACCACCUUUCAAAGGAGCAAUCAAACCAAUGCCGAGAUGGGGUUUGCAGUUACAGUUCUGGGCGUUGCCAAUAAUAAACGACAGAAAUGCUUCAAA